UUUAAAAGAGCUUAAGGUUAAAACCGUCAUGUAAGUUUUUCUGUGCUUAAGUCGGUUGUCUAUUUCUCUCCUCUCUAUAAAUCAUUGAAGAUAUGGGCCAUAGAGAUCUAAAACUAUCUUCGUAGGACAUGCUUGAAAUUUUGAGUAUCUUUUCGUCGAGCGACCUAUUAAAGAUGAUUGUAACUGAAAGGAGAAGAAAUAAAUAUGUCAUAGAAGGAGAUUGAGAGACAAGUCAGAUAACAUAGAUAAGUGGGUCCUUCAAUAAAUAGAGAGAGAGAGAGAGAGGGAGAGAGAGAGAACCUUAUCUUGUAUAUCUUUAGAGUGGAGGAAUCAAGUCCCCAGAGAGAGGGGGUGAUGGAGGGAAAGAGUAGCAGUAGUAGUAGUAGCAGCAGCAGUAGUAACAACAUGUGUUGGCAAGCGCAUGUAGCACCCUUCGUGGCGAAGACGUAUGAGAUGGUCAGCGACCCGCGAACGGACGCGAUCAUCCGGUGGGGGAAGGGGAGCAACAGUUUCUUGGUGAUCGACCCCGCGAGCUUCUCGCAGCUCCUCCUCCCAUGCUUCUUCAAGCACAACAACUUCUCCAGCUUCGUUCGACAACUCAACACCUACGGCUUUCGCAAAGUAGAUCCUGAUAGAUGGGAAUUUGCACACGAGUCCUUCCUCAGGGGACAGACACAUCUCCUUCCUUGCAUAGUUCGGAGAAAGAAGACGAACGAAAUAUUAGCGGAAGUGAAGGAGGAGGAGAUGCUAAUAGAAGAGGUAAGGAGGUUGAGGAAGGAACAAAAGGCCCUCGAAGAAGAGCUACAAGGAAUGAACAAGCGGUUACAAACUACGGAGAAUCGGCCGCAACAAAUAAUGUCGUUUCUUACGAGAGUUGCGCAGGAUCCUGACUUACUCUCUCGUCUUAUACUAUCCAAAAAAAAGCAAAGGCCGGGAAGUGAGCAUAAGAAGCCGCGCCUCAUGGUUGAACCUGCUACUACUAAACUGCUAGAGCAAAGCGUUGGAAUAGCUUCUGAUGCAGCUGCUCCGGCUGCGAAGGUUCAGUGGAGCUUAGAAGAAGCCGAAGAAGUGCCAUUUCCAUUCUCAAUUCUUGGUCAUGGUUUCUUCUAUUAGCCUCACAUAACUUGAUUAAAUUAUUGCUAUUUGUUUUUUUUUCCUUUCAUGGCAUGUAUGCUAUUUAGUAGUCACAUUGGGUUUCCCCUUUAGUCUUUGCCUAGGAAGGAAGGUAUUGUUUGCCUUUCACUAAGAUCUACUUGUAUGUAGUUCAUAUUGUCAUUAAGUUAAUGAAGUAAUUUAUUUUUUAUUUAAA